CUGUGAUGUGAGGUAUGGCACCUAGCAUCUGACAAAGGUUCAAAGACGUAGGGUAGGCGCGUCAGUCCCAAAGCUGUCAGAUUAGAGGCCUGCCAUGACCAAAGCACACACUGUUAUCCUGGGGGGUGGUGUGAUCGGCCUAAGCGCAGGCAUCACUUUCCUUGAGCGUACAUCUGCAGACACAUUUCAAGUCACGCUUGUCAGCAAAGAUCUCCCUCCGCGGCUCUCGAAGCAUACCACGUCUAAUGACAAGGCGGCGGGCGAGAUCGAGCGGCAGUCAUCCGAGUAUGCGUCCGCAUGGGCUGGCGCACACCACGUCAGUGCCGCUAAUAGCGAGCGGGAACUACGAUGGGACAAGCUAACAUUCGAAAAGAUGAAAACACUGCAAUGCGAACGGCCCUGGGACUCGUGGUGGCCUGAAGAUAGCAUCGCGCAACCCCUCGCGUGGGUGAACCAGGUGGAGACCUUCCAUUCUUCAAAGCCAGAGGAAUGGAUAAAACCGCUGGAAUGGUAUCCUGAUUUCGAAGUCUUGCCACAAGAACGUCUCCCUCGAAACACAGCCAGCGGCUGCAGGUUUUCCACACUCGACAUCAACGUGCCUCUCUACCUCCCAUGGCUACGCGCACGGUUUGAAGAGCUCGGAGGCGUGAUAAUACAACGCUCCGUCGACUCUGUCGCCGAGUGCAUCCAAUUCGCAGAGGCAGAUGCGGGUAUGCCUGUGACAGCUGUGGUCGUAUGCCCAGGGCUCGGCGCUAGAAAGCUUUUGGACGUGCGUGACCACAGCAUGUAUCCCCUGCGGGGGCAAGUCGCGCGUGUGCAUGCGCCCUCUUGCGACUCGAGCAUUGUCCGCACUUGGUCAAGCAGAAAGGGGGAAGAGCAGCAUCGCUAUACUGGUUACAGUCGCUGUAAUCAGGAGGGGUGGAGAGAUUGCUACAUCAUCCCAAUGGGCGAUGGUACCUUUGUCGUCGGUGGAACCAGAAUCCCUAAUGACUGGAGUUCGGACGUUCGCCCUGAAACGACGAAGAAGAUUCUAGAGCAAGUACUGCAGGUCUUUCCGGAGCUGGCAAACGUAGGUGGGGUGCCGCUCCCUGAGAACGUCAAGGUGAACUCAGUCGGCGUUGGCCUGCGCCCCGCGCGCAAAGCAGGUGCUCGGCUGGAGGAGGGUCCUGCGCUGACCUGGGAAGCUCCAAAGGGUACGAAGAAGACGUGCCGAGUCAUUUAUGCUUACGGCUUCGGAGGCUUUGGUUACCAGGCAUCGUGGGGUAUUGCGGAUGAUGUGUGGGAAAUAUAUGCUCGCCCCUCGCUUCGUUCCCCAGCGCGCGAGCCUCGGCUAAAUCGAAUGUAAACUUGUUCUAAUGCACCGGUAGCGGGUAUAGUGACUGGAUUCUUGGCUCCCUGGGGGUCAUUCACAUGCACACGCAAAACGCAAAUACAUUCACGGUGUAAGAGUCUUAGACUGUCCCACAACGAUCUAAUGAUACUGCAGCAGAC